CAGGUUGGGCUGACCGAUGACAUCAGAGAUUCCGACCUUCCUGAUUGGAAGGACCGGACUCUGUGGGCACCUGGAAGUUCAGUUGGUUAACAGCAUCUUCUCAGAGCUGAUCUCCACUCCUGACUUCUCCCAGCCUCGAGAAUUGAUAACGCACUCUUCGGGAUCCUACCAGUGCCCACGAGAAGGCCACGGACAGAACAGAGACUAGUUUCCGUGAGAGGGGACAGAUUAUGGGAAACAUCAUGACCUGGUAUCUACCGCACCCCCAGGAUGAGCAGAGCCCCCAGCGGAGCACCUCGGGGUACCCCCUCCAGGAGGUGGUGGAUGAUAAAGUGUCGGGACCAUCAGCCCCUGGGGUAGAUCACAGCCCCCCAGGUAGGUCCUUUUGCCAGAAAAGGAAGAAGGAGUGGUCGGACGAAUCUGAGGAGUCGUCGGAGGAGCCACAGAAGGAGCUCAAGCGACAGCGAGUGUUGCUCGUGCUCCCUGAGCACCACGAGGCCUUCAACAGGCUGCUUGAGGAUCCUGUCAUUAAAAGAUUCCUGGCCUGGGACAAAGAUCUGAGGGUGUCAGACAAGUACCUCCUGGCUAUGGUCAUAGCGUAUUUUAGGCGGGCCGGCCUCCUCUCCUGGCAAUACCAACGCAUUCAUUUCUUCCUGGCUCUCUACCUGGCCAAUGACAUGGAGGAGGACGACGAGGCCCCCAAACAAAACAUCUUCUACUUCCUGUAUGGGAAUACCCGCUCUCACAUACCCUUGUUCCAUAAGCGUCAGUUCCAGUUACGCCGUUCCACGAACUGGAGGGCCAGGGAGAUCCGCUCUCAGAUAGCCUUGUUCCACAAGCUUCGGUUCCAGUUCUUCUGUUCCAUGCGCUGCAGGGCUUGGGUUUCCCCGGAGGAGUUGGAGGAGAUCCAGGCUUAUGACCCACAGCACUGGGUGUGGGCGCGAGAUCGCGCCCGCCUUUCCUAGAGCUCCAGGGACCGUGGAGGCCUGAGGUCAUCGGCCUGAGAGAAGAACACUGGGCCCAGGGGAGAUGUGGAUUUUCAGCAGGAACUUUAUUCCAAUGCUAAAGGCAGACACCAGGAAGGAGGAGAGGAGCCAUGUGUGCAG